AUGCAUCCCUUGUGUCUCUCCUCCGGAUCGGCGUCGACGCCCAAUCCGCCCGGCGGCGAAGUGCCAAAGUACAUACGCGCGUUGGCGGCAUCGAGGGACUCCGCGGCAAUGGGGCGGGCCAAAAGCACCUGUGCUCGUGCAACUUACCCGCUAUCAGGCGGACGGCUCCGUAGAGCUCGGAGUGCGGUCUGGCUGCACCGCCCGCUUGUUUUAGCGCCAGGCACGCGUACGUGCAGUAUGAAUUGCAACGGCGGCGGCUCGCUGGCGCGCGGCCGCCGAGCGGAGUGCCAGGACACCGAACUGGGCCCCGCUGAGCUCCUGCUGUGCGUUCUGAAAACGUCCGGCAGGCGAGUGGCGGGCGUAUUUACUGCCUCACCGUCCCUUCUCCGGAGCGCAUUUGGAACGGGCCCGACCCGAGUCACGGACGGGGUGCUCCGCCGCAUUUGGGGCGUCAUUGCCGGCCCGCUCCGUCGUGGCGCGUGCGCCUGCGCUUUAACUUUAUUUUUUGGGCGCGACGGCGCCCCUCACACACACAACGAGGCGGCUGAUGAACUUGCGAAAGCAGCGCUGGAGGAAUUUCAGGGCGCACCCGCGCGGAUGGCGGACAUCCGCACCGCCACCCGCCGCCGCCGCGCACAGAAAACUGAGGAGGGCGCCAUUGUCCCCGCAGGACCCGACAGACAGCGCCGGUGCCUCGUCGUGGAUGGCGCGAGUCCGCAAACAGCCCCGCCGACGCGUGCAGGGGAGUUGAUUCUGGCGCGGUGUUGCGCGGGCGCCUCGCCUCACUUGGGUGGGCCGCGCCGCAUCGCCA